CGGGCACACUAGAUUUAUAACAUCUCGUAUACAAGACCUGUCUAUGAUACUUAAACAACAGGAAACGGUAGGAAUGCUUGUCUGAACCAUUGGAAGAUCAGCGUCAACGAUUCGUCGGCAAUAUCCAGACAAUUUAGUUCGAAGCAACUAUAGCUCGCUGUUUGCAAUCUUCACGGUGGACGUCAACCUUAUUACCCAUACGAUAUCUCUCUACACCUCCUUCGCCUGGUUCCUUAUAUACACAUUGGUAAGAAGAUUGCUGUGCGGCCUGCAGUGGGCGUGGUGGAUUUUUAAUGGAACAGCUAACGGGAAUAGACGGUCUGCUCAUGUCAAAACUAUCUUCCUUCGCGCGAAGGGAGAGGAAAGGUUCUUUGCAAGAGAACAUGACUUUUUCGCCAUCCACCACAGCUUUGUUCACCCAAGUUACAUUUUGCAGGACAAUGUUACACUCUAUGCUUUGACUCCAAAGGACGCCAUCUUUGUUGAAACCCCCCCCCCCCCCUAAUAUUGAUAUAUUUGAUUCCAAUGCUGGUGUGUUUACAUACAUGGUCCAAUAUCGCCAUGCUGUGCGAACUCUCACUUUACCCCAUGAAGCUUUCAACAAACUCUCACAGGAAGUGGGUGACUCGAAAGUUCCUGUUAUAAUGUUCCCCAAUACCGGACGUUGUGGUUCCACCUUGGUCUCCCAGAUGUUUGAAGCAUGUAACGUACAGUCGGACAGCGAACCCGACGUGACGCUUUCUCUAACUGGGAUCAAGAGGUCAAUGCCUCGGGAACAGUUCCUGAAACCUGUCCAGAGCACAAUCAGACUCCUCUGCAAGCCACGGCAAAAGGUGGUCACCAAGAUUGUGAUCAAGUUACGGAGUAUGGGCAUCAUGCAUUGUAUGGACAUGGCGAAGCUUUUCCCUGAUAUGUCUUUCCUGUUUAUGUACCGCGAUCCUCUGGAAACCAUGCGUUCUUGGAGCUACAGUGUUGUCACUAGACCAGCUUUCUAUGUCGUUCAUUCCAUGGCCACCACACCGUCGCUUCGGCCAAUGAUAGCGCGCCUGGCUGACUUCUUGGAAUAUAGUCUGUUUGGAGACGACGAAGAGACUGCGUGGAUGCGCGAUUCUAGGAAAUCCUACGAACCUUAUGAAUACUGGAACAUGCACCAAUGUUGGAUCAUUCUCAAGUACAAGAUCAAGGCAAUAAGGUAUGGUGACAUUAUCAAGGAUCCCGAAGGAGCCGUUAAGACGCUUUUCCAGUAUUGCGACAUACCAACUCAUCUGGUGGCCAAAGCUCUUGAUGCGAUGAGCAAGGACUCACAACGCGGAACCUCUUUCUCUAAGGCAAGGAGGGAUACCUCUCGGACACAACACGGUGAAGAUGAACUUAGGAUAUUUGAUGAAUAUUGCCGUGCCACUGGUAUACCACAAUACAGUCAUGAUGGUAUUCUACCAGGUACCAUACAAUGACAGUCAUUUGCAUCUGUGCUUCUCCGCAACAAAUCACUUCCAAUCAAUGUUAUUGUCCAUUGAUAGAUUCAGUUAUAGAAGUCAUAAACGUGUUCCAGUCCAGGAACAUUAAUGAGUCCGGAUCAGAAUGACGACAAAAAUUGAAAUACAGAUGAAACAAUAUAUUUAUUGCAAAAUUCAUGCACAGAAAUAUACGCUUAUACGUAACAAACGUUAUUCGGGUUGGUGUGAGGUGAUAGGGGGCAUCCUGGACUAACAUGCCAUACCAGUCGCUACAAUAAACAACUCGAAUUUUUAGUUCCAGCCUCACCCGAAAUCCACCCCAUUUUCCAUUUUCGUUCGUUUUAAAAUGACAAUAAAAUUUGGCAGAAAAAAACGAGAUCCAAGGGGGUCGUGCCUUGGACAGUUUGUAACUCUGGAUUUGUGUUAACUGGACAGAUGAAUCUGCAUAGUACUGAUAAUCAAAUAAGAAAAGUCCAAUUUUGAAGUGAUAAUACAAAUAGAAGGUAGUAAUUUUUGUGAUAUGAGGGAUAUGAUACAUGACAUUGUCUGACAGGGUUUUUGUAAUCCGCACACAGUUAGUGAGCCACGGGAUGGAGAUUGCAAUCAAUCAUUGAGAUGCUUGAACAAUGACGAUUCCGGCCACAAAUUGCAACAUUACAUCCAUUUCAUAACCAGCAGGAUUGCAUUAAAGGCCAACAUAAAUUGAUAGAUACAACGAACCGCUUUAACAUUGGUCCCGCCACUUAUUUGGCGCCUGAUGCAAGCUUGGUCCUCCGCGCCGCAUGUUGUUUUCGUGUUGCAGGUGCAGGUUGACAUUCAAAUACAUCGAUUAUUCCAUGGAAACUGUAAGACUGUUAAAAGUAAAAAAGGGCAUUAGACUCAGACAAAGAUAAUUGUA